AUAAUAAUUAACAAGCACUGCAACAUAGCUAAAAAUAGAAUGACACCAUUAAUCUCCUACACCUUCUUUUCUAUUCUCUUCCUCAUCAUAACGCUCAAGUUCCACUUCUCAACAAGAAGGUUCAAGAACCUUCCACCAGGUCCACCACCUCUUCCCAUCUUGGGCAACCUCCGCCAACUCAACUUCCCCUUGCACCGAACCCUUCACGCCUUCUCUCAAAAGUACGGCCAAGUCUUCUCCCUCUGGUUCGGUUCCCAACCCGUCAUCGUCGUCUCAUCGCCCUCUCUCGUUCAAGAAUGCUUCACAAAGAACGACAUCAUCUUGGCCAACCGGCCGCCGCUCCGUUCCGCGAAACACGUCGGCUACAACUUCACCACCGUCACGGUCGCACCUUAUGGCGACCACUGGCGCAAUGUCCGCCGCAUUAUCUCCCUUGAUGUCCUCUCCACGCACCGCCUCAACUCGUUCUUGGGAAUACGAAGGGACGAGACCCUGAGGCUGGUACAAAGCCUUGCGGCUCCAUCGCGAAAUGGUGAAGAUUUUGCCAAGGUUGAGCUGAAGUCGAAGCUCACGGAGAUGACGUUCAACACCAUCAUGAGGAUGAUCUCGGGGAAGAGGUACUAUGGUGAUGACUGUGACGUCGCGGACACAGAGGAAGCGAAGCAGUUCAGGGAGCUCAUCAAAGAACUUUUAUCGUUGGGAGGGUCUAGUAACCCUUUUGAAUUCGUGAAGGUUCUUCGGUGGUUCGAUUUUGGGAACCUAGAGAAGCGGCUCAAGGAUAUUGCUAGGAGAAGCGAUGUAUUCUUGCAGGGGCUUAUUGAUCAACACAGAAUGAAACAGGGUGGAGAUAAAAAUACUAUGAUUGACCAUUUAUUGAGCUUGCAACAGUCGCAGCCCGAGUACUACACGGAUCAAAUCAUCAAAGGCAUUGUUCUGGUUAUGCUUCUUGGAGGAACAGAAACAUCAGCAACUUCUUUAGAAUGGGCUAUGGCUGCAUUACUAAACCAUCCAGAAGUGUUAAAGAAGGCCAAGGAAGAAAUAGAUACUCAAAUAGGACAAGAUCGCUUAAUAGAAGAAUCCGACAUUUCGAAACUCCCUUACCUACAAAAUGUUAUCCACGAGACAUUUCGGUUGCACCCUGCAUUUCCAUUAUUGGCGCCACAUUAUUCUUCAAAAGAUUGCACCGUAGGAGGAUACAACUUCCCAAAGAAUACUAUUCUGUUGGUAAAUGCUUGGGCUAUUCAUAGAGAUCCUGAACUAUGGAGCAACCCUACUGAGUUCGAGCCUGAGAGAUUUGAGAAAGAAGGAGAAGCAGAAAAGUUGAUUCCGUUUGGGCUUGGAAGAAGGGCAUGUCCUGGAGCAAACUUGGGGAACCGUACAGUGAGUUUAACUUUGGGUUUAUUGAUUCAAUGUUUUGAAUGGAAGCGAAUAAGUGAAGACGAAAUUGAUAUGAGUGAAGGAAGAGGAGCGACCACCCCGAAGUUGAUUCCUUUGGAGGCCUUAUGUAAAGCAGAUUCAAGUAUCAUUGACAAGGUUUUUUAAGGAGCUGGUAAGGAAAAGAAAAUCUUAGACUAAUGGAAAGAAUAUGCUAUGCUUUGUUUAAAUCUUAUAAUAUUUCAUCACUUUUGUUGUAUUAUAUAGUAAAAUAAUUAUGUAAGUAGUUAUGUGAAGAACUACUAGGCAUAAUAAAACGUACUACUCAAUUAUCUAGUACUGAAAACACUAUUUGUAUUUAAGUAAGCUAAAAGGGUUGGCAACUUGCCAACUUUAUUUGGUUAGCUAUCACGAGGAGCUUUGGCAAAGAGGAUUUUAGACACUCUGAAUGAUUUUUCCUUAUUUUAAGGAUAUUCAAA